CACCCCCGCCUCCCACUGAUUGGAUCUCUGCUUCCUUCCCCGAGUCCCACUUUGCCCAGCGAGGAUUGGCGCUGGAUCUCUCGGAAGAGACUUCAGGAUCCCGUUCGGAGCAGGUGGGGCUACUCUCCCUCCGGUCUCCAGGCCGCCAGGCCGCCCCUCCUGCCAGGAGAUCUUCUCCGCGCCAGGAUGAAGGGAGCUGUGGAUCCCGCUUUUCGCCUUGCAGGGGUUUCUCUCCGUUCUCUCCAGGAGAGAAUUUGGAAAUGUGGCUUGGUUGGAGAAGCAGCUUCGUGCACAAAGGGCCAUUCAGUCAGACAGUAUUUAACCGGUCAGUGGUGAAGGUCAUCCCUGGCCUUGACUUAGAGGGGGAACAAGUAACCCAGAGACCUCUUAACUAUAAAUUUAAAGAAAUAAAAUUUUGUGAUCCAACCUUUACCUGCAAGUCGACUACAAUAAAACUAUAGAAAAUCAGCACAAGGCAGCAGCCGCCAACAAGUAUGGAGUAUGAGAAACCCUUGGAUCUCCCGUCAGACACAAGCAACACUCCAGAAAACCACCAAACUUCCCAUAUAUGCUCAGAGUGUGGGAAAACCUUUGCUUGCUGGUCCCUCCUUUUGACCCACAGGAAUAUCCAUUUUCAAAGAGGAUCCAGUCAAGGUUUGGAAGGUGUACUAAAACCCUAUAAAUGUGAGGAAUGUGACUUAUGCUUUGAACGAAAGUUAGAACUUCUUAAACAUCAGAAAAUCCAUACUGGAGAUAAACCUUAUCAAUGUCUGGAAUGUGGGAAAUUCUUCCGUGCAAAAUACACUCUCGAGGACCACAUGAGAAUCCACACGGGGGAGAAACCUUACAAGUGUUGGGAAUGUGGGAAGAGUUUUUCUCAUAACUCAACUCUUUGGAUCCAUAAGAAGAUUCAUUCAGGAAUAAAAUCUUACAAAUGCUUUGAGUGUGGAAAAUGUUUCACUCAGAGUUCAUCUCUUCGAAGUCAUGAGAAAACACACAGAGGGGAGACAAAGAAAAAAAUGUACAAAUGCUUUGUGUGUGGAAAUUGUUUCACCCAGAGUUCAGAUCUUCGGAGUCAUUGGAAAACACACGGAGGGGAGAAAAAUGUAAAGUGCCUCGAAUGUGGGAAAUACUUUUCCAGUAAAUCAACCCUGGUGCGACAUCAGAAAAUUCACACUGGAGACAGACCCUUUGAAUGCCCAGAAUGUGGGAGAAGAUUUAUGUAUUCUUUUGAACUUCGCACACAUCAAAAGGCUCACAAAGGGGAGGAACCCUAUAAGUGUGGGGAGUGUGGGAAAGGUUUUCUUACACGAAAAGACAUGCAGAAUCAUGAGAGAAUCCACACAGGGGAGAAGCCGUACAAAUGUUUGGAGUGUGGGAAAUGCUUUUCCAGAAAACACACUCUUGGAAUGCAUGAGAGGGUCCAUACAGGCAUGAAGCCAUAUAGAUGCAUAGAAUGUGGGAAAUCUUUUGCUUAUAAAGAAGUACUUUGGAGACAUCAGCAAAUUCACAGCGGGGAAAAGCCAUAUCAAUGCAUCGAGUGUGGACAAUUUUAUCGUACCACAUCAAACCUUAGAAAUCAUAUAAAAACACACACGGGGGAAAAAACUUACAAAUGUUUAGAGUGUGGGAAAGCAUUUGCUCGGUCAUCUCACCUUACAAAUCACAGCCGAAUCCAUUCAGGAGAGAAGCCCUUUAAAUGCUCGGAGUGUGGUCAAUGUUUUUCUCAGAAAGAUACUCUUUCGAAGCAUCAGCGAAUGCACACUGGAGAAAAAUCAUAUAAAUGUUCAGAUUGUGGGCAAUGUUUUGCCCUACCUUCAGCACUUCGGAUGCACAACCGAUAUCACACCGGAGAGUAGCCUCACAAGUAGGCGGGGUGUGAGAAAACUUUUCAUUGCAAAUCACAGCAAAAAAUGCAUCAGAUAGUCCAUAGCAGAGAUAAAUCUCUUCAGUUGUGAACAAUGCAGGGACACAUUUUCUUUUUUCAGAGGCCACACCUUACCAGGCACUUCACACAGUGACAGAAGGGACCUGGUUCGCCAACUCUGAACUAGGAUAGGAAACCCUCUUUAGGGUUGUCAAGUAAAAUUCAAGGUUUCAUUGAAGUUUUGUUUCCAUGAGAACUGCAUGAAAGUCCAUAAUCUAGCCUGGGUUUUUUAUUUUUUAAAUGUUUUAGUCUAUGGUCCAGCCUUAAUAAAAGAAUUUACACCAUC